AUGUCUGUGUUAUUAUAUUCUUUGCUACUUGUAUUUCAAUUGACAUUUAUUUACACGGCAAUACCACGUGUGUAUAAUAGAUGUCUAAUCUGGGAUACAGCAUGCCUGACGCAACAAGCCCAGUUAAAAGUUCCAGCCCUGUCUAUUGGAAUCCCUGAACUAUUCGCUGAACCCCUGGAUCCCAUGAAUAUUGACUACCUGCACGUUGAUAUUGCUGGUCUGAAGAUGGAUCUCAAUAAAGCGGUUAUAAGAGGUAUCAGGAAUUCUGUGAUAGAUCAAUUCAGUGUCGAUCCAGUGUCAAAGCAGGUCCUUUUAGUCUAUCAUACAGACCUUGAUCUAAAAUCACGCUAUACCGCUGCAGGAAAUGUGCUUUCUUUACCGUUUAAUGGAGACGGUGAGGCGUUAAUAAGUGCAAAAAAAUUGCAAGUCGCUUUCCUUAUGCCGUUUGAUGUUGUUAAAGACGGUCUUGGCAGAGACGUAAUUGAUUUGAAAGGAUACCAAUAUUGGUACGAUGUAGACAACAUUCACUUUGAUUACAGCAAUUUGUUCUAUGGCAAUAAAGCUCUGAGUGACAACAUGCACCAAUUCCUCAACACGAACUGGAAAUUUGUUACUUCAGUUUAUGGAAGAUCACUGCUUGACGUUAUCAAUGGAAAAAUCUUCAACUCCAUGAGAAAUUACUUCCUAUCACAGGCGGUUGAAGAUGUAUUCUUAGAUUAG